AAAUUUCAUUUAUGACAAGAGAGAAGUGAGCAAAAUCUGGAAAAACUUUUCAAGAGGAAAAUAAGGCAGGGAAUAAUAAAAGAAAAAGGAAAUAAGAGAUAGAAGGAAAAUGUUGUGUGUAUAUGUGUUGGUGUAUCUGCAUGACAACAAAUCAGUGAAGAAACUGAGAAGUAUUAAUACCAUCUCAAAUUUCUCAUUUCUCCUUUAUAACAAGCCAACCUCAGGAGGAAAAUCUCAUAUGGAGGGGUUGAAUGUUUUCUAUUGUUAAUUUCUUCCUCUUCAAUAUCUCUCUCUGUCCUAUCUCCCUCUAGAUUUUUCUUUUGCUGUUAAUCUGCCAGUAUUCAUUCUAUUGCUUUUUUUUUCUGAGAUUGGGGGUGUGAAUUGAGGAGGACUCAAAUUGCAUGUGGGUUUUCCAGAAUUCUGAUAGAGUUUUGAGGUUCAAGGAGAAAAAACACACUCCCAGCUGAAGCAGAAGAAGGUUAAUUAAUUACCAUACAUAGGACUUGCUAUAAGAGAUGGCGGCAUCAUCUUCCUCAGCAUCGCUUUUUGGAUUUAGAGAAGAGGAUCAGAACCAGAUGAAGCAACAGCAUUCCUUGACCCCACCUUCAUCAACACCUCCAGCUGCACCACCACCCCAGAAGAAAAAGAGAAACCAACCAGGAACACCAUAUCCAGAUGCGGAGGUGAUAGCACUAUCUCCCAAGACCCUAAUGGCAACAAACAGGUUUAUAUGUGAGGUGUGCAACAAAGGGUUCCAAAGGGAGCAAAAUCUACAGCUACACAGAAGAGGACACAACCUGCCUUGGAAGCUUAAGCAGAAGACUACAAAAGAGCCAAAGAGAAAGGUUUAUCUGUGUCCUGAGCCCACAUGCGUCCACCAUGACCCUUCAAGGGCUCUUGGAGACCUCACAGGGAUUAAGAAACACUACUCUCGCAAACAUGGUGAGAAGAAGUGGAAGUGUGACAAGUGCUCUAAGAAGUAUGCUGUUCAAUCCGAUUGGAAAGCCCAUUCUAAGACUUGUGGCACCAGAGAAUACAGAUGUGACUGUGGCACCCUCUUCUCCAGGAGAGACAGUUUCAUCACCCACAGGGCAUUCUGCGAUGCACUGGCUCAAGAGAGUGCAAGACAACCCCCAAACCUUGGUGGUGGCAUUGGAAACCACUUAUUCGGAACCACCAACAUGGCCUUAAACCUAUCUCAGGUGGGUUCUCAGAUCUCAAACAUGCAAGACCCUAGUACUCAGCAAACCGAACUACUUCGCCUAGGCGGCGCCACCGGUCGAACCGGUCAAUUCGACCACAUCCUCGGUUCACCCUUCAGACCCUCACAGCAACCUUUUUUCAUGUCCGAACCGAACCAAAACUACCACCCAGAACAACAAGGUUUGGUCCCAAACAAACCGUUCCAACAAGGGUUAAUGCAGUUAUCUGACCACAUCAGCAACAACCACCACAACAGCAUGACCAGUUCUCCUUUCAACCUUCCCUUCCUCACAAACAACACCACCAACACCAUUCCUGAGCACUUCAAUAGUGCAAAUGGAGGUGGCAACAACAACAAUGAGGGCACAAACUUCUUCACAACUUCGAGUGUUCCUUCUCUCUUCAGCAACAGCAACACCAACAACAGUGGCAAUGCCAUCGCUCACAUGUCCGCAACUGCACUGCUUCAGAAAGCUGCUCAAAUGGGUGCAACUUCAAGCAACAGCACCGCUUCUUUGUUGAAAAGCUUCGGAAGUGCUUCUUCCAGCAGUGGUUCGAAAUCUGAACACAGGCCACUGGUUGCUGCUGCCAACUAUGGUGGAAUUUUCGGAGGGAACGUGAACGUAAAUGAACAGAGUAAUAGUAACCUUCAAGACCUAAUGAACUCGUUCGCUGUUGGUGGAAAUUCUUCCAUUUUCGAAGGUGGUUCUUCAGGAGGGUUUUCUGUCGCGGGAUUUGAAGCAUAUGAUCAUGGCAACAAUAAAGACCCGAAAGUGCAUGCAAUGAGUAGUAGUAGCAUUGGAGGAUCUGAUAGACUCACCCGCGAUUUUCUGGGAGUGGGUCAGAUAGUGAGAAGCAUGAGUGGGAAUGGAGGGGUUCCGCAGAGAGAACAUGGCUUCAACUUGAGUUCUUUGGAGGCAGAAAGAAAUAAUAAUAAUAAUACUGCGCCGUCAGGUCAAUCUUUUGGAGGUGGUGGGGGGAAUUUUCAGUGAGAAAAAUCAUCUUUAUCUGAUGCCAACAAAGUACAAACAAAGGGAUUUCAAAUGGUUCAUUGAAACUUGACUCUCUAGCUCAUCUAAUGUGGAAGUUUCUGCAAUUUACUAAUAGCUAGCGCAAGCAAAUUAGGCUUCAAGAUUAGGCUUCUUCAACUCCCUUACAAACUUGAUUUCUGCUUUUUCCUUGUCCCUACCUUUCUAUAAGUUUAUUCGGAUUAUAAAACAAAUUAGCUUCAAGAUUUUCAUGGAUUAAUUUAAUAGAUUUUGUUAUUGGACGACAAUGCUUUACUUAUAUUUAAAUUUGACUGCCAGUAAUGACUUUGUUCA